ACGCAUGUGUGACGUCUGAGAAGAUUCCAGGGGUUGCACUAUCUUGCUAUCACAAUCUAAACGUCGUCUCUUUGGUUGGUCCCAGUCGUGUUCACCAUAGGUUCAAACUGGGACUACAGUCUAGCUUCACAUAGACAGAGUCACACAAUGCUCAGCUGGCUGGAUGUCAGACAAGGCCCAUAACUUCGUGUCAGUUUCAGCCUUUUUGGUUAUUAUGCUGCAUUUUACUUCGUGAAUGUAUAUCAACCACCACCGCCAAACAAUGAGAGGCACCCUGAAGAGAAAGUUUGCAGAGGUAGAUGGCAAUCCCUGCUACUCCUCCUCCUCUCCUCCAUCCUCCCUCUCCUCUCCUGCCUCCUCCGAGUGGGAGUCUGAUGGGGAGAGCGGCCCCUCUGACAACAAGGAUUUCACAACUCACAGUCCUUCUUCACCCACCGGUUUACCCACAGUUCGGUCCAUCCUGAAGAGGCCCAAGCUUGCAGGUGCACAGAGCAAUGUGCGCUUUGACCAAGUGAUGGUGUUCAGUUUCCCACGGUGCCAAGGCUUCACCAGUGUGCCCAGUCGUGGAGGUGCCACCCUGGGCAUGAUGCAGAGGCACAGCACCUUUCAAAAAUACACAGUGGCAGAGCAUGCACUGGAGCAACGUAACAGACGCAGAGAGAGGCUCAGAGAAAGACGGAGAAAAGAAAGGUUCGAGGCACUGAAAUACAAAUUGAUCACUAGUGGGGCCGUUGACCAGAAAGAGGCACACAGGCUCAUGGUGGAUCAGAUCCCAGAUGAAGACAGUGACAUCCACAUCAAUGAUGCUGAGCUGGAGGAUGGAGGUUUCCUUCAGCCGUACUCCUCCAAACAGCGGCAGGCUCUCCUCCAGGCAGCGGGGGUGAAGCGCAUAGACAGGGAGGAGAAGAGGCAGCUUCAUGCCCUGCGUAUCUCCAGGGAAGCCUGUGGCUGUGACUGCCAAGGUUUUUGUGAGCCAGAGACCUGCGCAUGCAGUCUGGCAGGAAUCAAGUGCCAGGAGGACCGCAUCAACUUCCCAUGUGGCUGCACCAAGGACGGCUGUGGAAACACUCAGGGACGCAUCGAGUUCAACUCCAGACGUGUGCAGACUCAUUAUUUCCACACCGUUAUGAAACUUGAACUGGAGAGGCGACUGCAAGAUGAAACACUUUGCCAAGAGGACCAGACAGGACUUCCAGAUGACCUUCAGCAGUAUGUGGACCAGGAUGAAGCCCAUCCGGUGCAGAGUGCACAGGACAAGAGCUGCCCCUUUGGGUUCACCAUGGAGGAAGAUGGUCUUCCUCUCACCAUGCCUGCCACACCUCCCUUUCAUUUCACCCCAGAGCGGUUGGUAGUGGAAGAGAACAGCUGCAGCAGCGACAUGACUGAAUCCUGUUGCUCCUCAUCUGACUCAGAUGCAGGAGGAUGCCUUAAUGGGAGUCAGAAUCUCCCUGAUGUUAAUGAAGGGUUGUCACGUGCCCUCAGCAUCUGUGACUCUGAAAAUGAUAACUACUCUACGUGCAGCCAACGGAGGCACAUAGGAGAACCACUAAUGCAGCACGGCAGCAACUCUGCCACUUACAGCACACCUACUGACAGUAUGGGGCCACUUACAGCCAACACAUUCACAGACAAUAUGAGCAGGACCUCACUGACAGAUUACCUCGAUGAGAAUGCAAACCAAGCUAGAGAUUUCUUUGACAAUGACUCUCUUGAGGGCUUCCCCAACACUCCCUCACCCACUGUGGACUAUUUUUCCAGCAGGUACAUGGACCUGAGUCUGUCCUCUGACUCUGACAUUGAGUUCUUCGACAGUGACUACACCUCUGGACCUUUGCACAGUUCUUUCAAAGUACACAGACACCCAGACAGCUUUUGCCACCUCCAGCUGUUCAGCUCUGUUAAUUUGCCACAGUACGAGUCGAGCACCUACCUACUAGAGUCUCUGAUCGGCCUGACUGAGCCAGGCCCAGAGCAGGGUUAUGCAGUCAGCAACACCCAGCUUUUAUAGCAAGGCAUUCUAGUGAAAUAACAAGAAACAGUGUAAGAUAAUUAAAUGUAUAAAGCACUUCUUUUAUGUAUUUGUAAGAAUAUUUCAACGUACAAAGAAUGAUUGAUAAAAUAUUUUUUCUAACUGAAUAUGUUUUCUAUUGCCUACAAAUAUUUUUGCCUUUAUUUCAGAGAAACCCCACUUGAGUAAUGAAUAUAUUAUAUAUGCAGCCUUAUUGUUUAUUGCAAGUUAAGCUGUUUAAAGUAAAAGCCUAAACAGUUCCCACUUUAAACAGUAUUGCCCCAAUUUUCAACAAAAAUAUGCAUAUUUUCAGGUAGCUUGCCAUGGUAUAAGUAGGAUAAUUCACAUUGGCGCAUGCAGUAAUGAAAAAAUAACACUCCUCCAUUUCAACCUAGGAGUUGUGAAUUAUUUUCUACUGCCUGACUGAUUGUGGAUUAUCCCGUAUAUGCUUAACUAUAUGUUUAGAAUAUUUCUGUAUUAGAGAAAUACAAUAAAACAUUUGCAUUCAUUUAUUCACGGAUUUCAAA